CACUGCCACACAUCUGUUUGCCGGAAUCGGCUUUGUGAUUCAUAUUUUUGGGAAGAAAAGUGCCAGGAAACGAGCGAAAUCAUGGCCAAAAACACGUCCAGCAAUGCGUUCCGCAAGAUCGAUGUGGACCAGUACAACGAGGACAACUUCCGGGAGGACGACGGCGUGGAGAGCGCGGCAGCGGGUCCGGACGAGAGCGAGAUAACGACGCUGCUGACGCAGGGUAAAUCCGUGGAGGCGCUCCUCAGUGCCCUGCAAAAUGCCCCACUGCGCUGCAAGAACCAGAACGUCAAGGACCACGCCCUGAACAUCACACUGCGGGUGCUGCUGUCCAUCAAGUCGACGCAGAUGGACCAGGCCAUCGAUACCGUGGACCAGAACGAUCUGAUCGACGUGCUGAUGAAGUACAUCUACCGGGGCUUCGAAAUCCCCUCGGAGGGCUCCAGUGGCCACCUGCUGCAGUGGCACGAAAAGGCCUUCGCCAAGGGCGGAGUGGGUUGCAUUGUACGGGUCCUGUCGGACACAAAUCGCGCCUAGAGGGGAUUACCACAACCAAAGGCGGUCGCAGAGUCACCAACCACCCCGUUACCCCAUCCACAAUCCCCUAUCCCCAAUCCCCAAUCCCAAACACAACACACAGAUUCAAACGCACCGCGGAGCAUUUAAUCAACGCCGGAUUAGAGCGCUGGACACCACAUCCAAUCCUCAUCGCAGGAUGCCUGGAGGUUGCCACACCCCAGCUGGAAACCCUCUUCUGUUUCAUUGCCGCAAUACAAAUGACGUUUUCCAAAUUAGAUUUUAACUGGUAUCCAAGUAUUAAAGUUUUUAUUACAAAAGGUGA